AACUUGAGCACCCCAGGUCACGAAUUUCCGGGCUCCUAUCCCAGGGAACAUGAACAAGAGCUGCAACAACAAUCCUGCGGCGAUGGAUUUGAGGGCCCUGCGGCUGCCACCUCAGUUGCUCAAACAGCAAGGCAGUACAUAUCGGAACCUGUGGAGCGCACCGUCGAGUAUGCUGGUCAGACAGCAGCUGCAUACUUUCCUAUCCCUCAGGGCGUCAAAAAUACGGUGGCUUCCUAUUGGUCCAAUGACGAGCAUUCUCACCCCAAGUCCGAGUUUGACCAACAGCUGUCUACUUCUCUUCCGAGUUCAGAGUUAAAGGGCGCCCAACCUCACGAACAUGUUGGCGGUGUCGGUUCCUUGCCAGGAACUAUCUCAGAAUCAAGCGUCGCCUUACUACCCGAUGAGCGGGCAGAGAGAGAU